CCUCUAUUUUUACCAGCCCAUCCCGUCAUCAUCAAUCUCGUGUGCAUGUGAUCUGCUGGUCGGUGGUCACUUUGUUCUUUUCGCAAUCAAAUUAUCGAAUAGUUAGAUUAUCCCUUAUUUUCUCUGCGGUUCUUACUUACUUUUCGUCAACCAAAACCACAGCCGAGAAAGUAAGUAUGCUCCCAACGAGCAGGACAGCAGCAGUCGUGGGGGGCAGUCUUGUUAUUGCUAAACUUAGCAGUUUUUCGACUUUAGUAAGUGACGACGUCACGUCUCGUGUAACCUUUAACCUUUAAUUGCUGCCACUAAAUACGUCGUCACGCUGGCUGUGAAAUUGUAUAGUGUCCGUUCAUUCAAGUCAAGAUGAUUGAUUGAAGGAUAAAUCGAGUCGAUCGAAACGCAGCUGUCAGCUUUAAUUAUUUAUAACCAAGUAUUACAUAACCAGUCAGUCAGGGUAAUAAAAUAAAGAAGUACUACUUACUACACAACAGUGUACAAAAUAAGGAAAGUCAGAGAGUUUGGGAGAAGAAUACGGAAAUAUUCAGCUUUAAUACUUACUUAAAAUUAAUUAACUAGACCGUCGUACGUAAUACUAAGAAAACAAAAAGACUUGAAAAGGAAGGGGCGAGAUAAAAUGGCCGUCAAGUUUUGUAGGCAGAUCCGAAAUAAGGUGGGAGGGAUGUCAGAGUUGGAGUCUGCUUUUGCACACCAUUCUUCAAAAAUGAGACCUUUCUCGACGCGACUGCAACAACAGGAUUGUGGGUUCGGACUGCUGUUUGACAUUGAUGGUGUGAUUGUUAGAGGGAGAAAGAUUUUACCCUUUGCGCCGGACGCUUUUAGAAAAUUGGUCAAUAACGAUGGCAGGUUCCGAGUACCCACGGUGUUUGUGACGAAUGGAGGAAAUAUGUUGAGACAUGAUAAGGCGUUACAACUUUCGAAUUGGUUGGGAAUUGAUAUUCACGAGGACCAAGUGGUGAUGGCUCAUUCUCCCUUGAGACUUUUUAAAGGAUUCCACGACAAGAGGGUUUUGGUGUCCGGACAAGGACCGGUUGUGGAUAUCGCGACAAAUCUCGGAUUUACAAAAGUUACGACGAUCGACGAUGUGAGAACGGCAUUCCCAGUGUUGGAUGCUGUGGAUCAUAAACGUAGAGUAUCUGCGUCAUCUGAGGAUUUGGAAGAUCAGUUUAAGCGAAUUGAAGCAAUCGUUCUAUUCGGCGAGCCGAUUAGGUGGGAGACUUCACUGCAGUUACUUAUUGAUAUCCUACUGAGCUCUGGACAUCCAAAAGACGUACCUAAACUUGUCCCAAGACCGCACUUGCCCAUAUUAGCAUGUAACAUGGACUUACAAUGGAUGGCAGAAGCUUUUAUGCCAAGAUUUGGGCACGGGGCAUUUCUAGUAUGCUUGGAAAGCUUGUACAAGAAAAUUACUGGUCAAGACUUGAUAUACACAGCAUUAAUUGGAAAACCUAGCGAAAUCACGUAUUACCACGCAGAAAGAAUGCUUAUAACACACGCUCGACAAAUAGGAGUUGACCAACCUAUACGAAGGAUUUAUUGCAUAGGAGACAAUGUAAACACGGAUAUAUUUGGAUCUAAUCUAUACAAUCAGUACCUGGCAAGAUCACGCGCUGUCUCAACGAAGCGGUCGGCGGCUAUGGGAGCCAGGAAUAUUUAUCAUCUUCUUGGUAACGAUCCCGAAGAGUCGAUUCAAGAGGCAGAACAGUGCCACAGUGUGCUGGUCGAGACUGGAGUUUUUUCUCAUGAUCGCGAGGAAUGUUUGCUGGAUCAUACACCCCGUGACUUUUUACCAAUGGAGGAAAAACUAAGACAACCUAAUUUUAUCGUUGCAAAUGUUCUACACGCAGUAACAAAUAUAUUUCAACAAGAAAAUUUCCACUAGAAAUUUCCCAAAAAAAAUCAGUACAGAGAAAACAACUAUAUAUUUAUCCGUUUCAGAAGUUGAACAACAUCAUUUGUGAACGAUGAAUGCAAUUCCAUUUUACUAAUUUAUUAAAACCAUUAAUUUCUUAAAUUGGGUAAUAAAUUUAGAAACUGUUUAAUCAAA